AUGCCAAAUUUCUUACCCAACAAUCAGGACAAUACAGCUUAUAAGGAGCUGAAAGGCACUUUGUUAAGGCAGAACUACUUUGAAAAAUGGUGUAUAGAAGCAUGGUUGGAAGGCCUCACCGCAAAUGACUGUGCCGUCGCGAGGAACUUCAGCAAAGUCAGUGGAUCAACUGCCGCCGCCGAAGACUGGGCCGACACGAACAGAGAGAAGGCCCCAUCGCCUUUGACUAGGCCGACAUGA